AUGGAACCCAAAGGAAUCUUAAGAAAUAAAGACACCGACGCUGCCCAACCGCAUGCCCACGAAUCUUCGUCCGGAGACUUGGACCGUCAGGAGGUCAUUCGGAAUACUCGCUACAACGCCCAAUUGGUGUCUGAGUCCAGCAAGGGCGACCGUAUAAGGGCGCAGAUUGCCGAGGCUCGGCUGAAAAAUGGCGAUGAGGAGUCUGAGAGCCAGGAUGUUUCUGCUAAUGAGCAUCUCAAAUGGGACGAAAUUAACUUGUACAAGACAGAACAAGAGAAGGCGGCCACGAUGAAAAUCGACGAGCCCAAGACUCCGUACGAGGGAGGCUUUGAUCCCUCGGGAGAAUAUUAUCAGGAUGACGAUGGUGCGGAGACAAUUCCCGACUUCCUGCUAGGUGAGGGUCAGUAUGAGUCUAGCAAAGACGUUUCUCGGUCUCUCAAUGGUGGAGAGGUGAUCAAUGAGAAAGACAAUGAUGAUGAAGAACAAGAAGAAGAUGAGGAAGAGGAAGAGGAAAAGGCACCUUUGCUGGCAGAGGAAAGACACAAGCAUUUCGAGGAAAUGAGGAAGGCCCACUACCAUAACGCUGCCAAUCCACUCAAACACAAGAUUUCUGUUCCAGACGUUGAUGAAGAAGCCACAGAGCUAGCUCAUGGAGAGGAUCACGAAGAGGAGGAUGGCGAGGAGGAGGAUGAAGAUUAA